UAAUAUGAUACUUUUGAAAUAGGGAAAAGUACGGAAAAUGUACUUGUGGUUGAACACGUUUUCAGAUAGGGUCACAUGUUUCAUUUUUUAUCAAAAUGGUUCAUGUGUUUGAAUUCUGUUAUCACAAGAGGUUCACGCCGUUAAAAACGUCUGAAAAAGACCGUUAAAAGUAACUCCGGUUUUCAAAAGUGUCCAAAAAAUUAAAAGAAAAAUACCGGAAGGUGCGCCUCAAUGAGACGACCGCUAGGCCAUCUUUCUUUUUUGUUUUCAGCCACCCUUGUCACUGGAAAGUCCAUCCGAAAAGUGAUAUUAGUGAAAUCAUUUUAAAAAAUAAUUCAAACAGAUCUGAAAAAUCCAAAGACGAAGGUGGUUUGGAGGUCAUCUUGACGAGGCGCACCUUUCGGUAUUUUUCUUUUAAUCUUUCGGGCACUUUUGAAAACCGGAGUUAACUUUAACGGUCUUUUUAGACAUUUUUAACGGCGUGACCCUCUCGUGAUAACGGAAUUCAAACACAUGAACUACUUUGAUAAAGAAUGAAACACAUGACCCUAUCUGAAAACGGGUCCAACCACAAGUACCUUUUCCGUACUUUUCCCUUUGAAAUAUAUAUGCAUUGAUGUGUCACUUUAAAAAUGAGCAUAACAUCAGUACCAAAUGAACAUAAAUUACUUACAAAAAGAGCAUUGAUAUGAAAAUAAUAAGCUUUGUUAGUUGAUCAUCAAGACAUUUUCAUUUUCAGCUUAGUGCUCAUCCGGGAGGAAGAUGACGUCCAACAUGCCAUCUUCUAUGUUAGCAAGACCCUCAGGGAGGCCGAACUUAGGUACUCUCCUGUGGAAAAAACGGUGCUGGCCAUUGUCUGGACCGUCAAGAAACUAGGCCACUAAUUCCAAGCUCAUCCGGUCCAGGUCCUCACACAUCAACCCCUCGGCGCCUUGAUGAGGAGCCCUGCCAGCUCCCCCCGAAUGGUAAAAUGGGCUAUCUUCCUCAGCCAAUACAACAUUGACAUCCGUCUGAGGCCUGCCAUAAAGGGCCAAGCCCUGGCUGACUUUGUGACGGAAUGCACGGCAAGAUCAACCAUAGACACUUCUCUCUCUAGAAAAAAUCGGCCAGAGCUUCGCCAUGAGUACGGCGUUUUUGAUCGAACAGGCACUUCUCUCUCUAGAAAAAAUCGGCCAGAGCUUCGCUACAGUGAAAUCGCACGAGAGAAUGAGCCUGGCCUUAGGGGUUUUAUAGCCCCCCCCCCCCCCCAUCCGGGCUUGGACCAAAAACCGGGCCCC